GCAGUUCCGCCGCUUCCUGUAGGCUGGUAGGCUGCAGCUAUGGAAGGCGAGCCGCCUCCCAUGGAGGAGCGGCGGCGGCUGCAGGAGGAGCUGAGCGAGUUCGUGGAGAGCUGCUGCCGGACGCUGGAGGAGGUGACGGCGUCCCUGGGCUGGAACCUGGAUAGUCUGGAUCCCGGGGAAGAGGAGGCGGCGGAGGAUGAAGUUGUGAUAUGUCCUUAUGAUUCCAAUCAUCAUAUGCCUAAAUCAUCUUUAGCAAAGCACAUGGUAUCUUGUAAAUUGAGGAAACUGGGCUAUACCAAAGAAGAAGAGAAUGAAAUGUAUAAUCCUGAUAUUUUCUAUGAGAAUGUGAAGAUACCUUCAGUUACUUUGAAUAAGGACUCCCAAUUCCAGAUAAUUAAACAAGCUAGAACCACAGUUGGAAAAGAUGGCGAUUAUAACAGUCAAAGGUUAUAUUCUUCAUUGCCUGUUGAAGUUCCUCUGAAUCACAAACGGUUUGUUUGUGAUCUAACUCAAGCUGAUCGUCUUGCCCUCUAUGAUUUUGUAAUUGAGGAGACAAAGAAACAGCGCUCUGAUUCUCAAAUCAUUGAAAAUGACAGUGAUCUCUUUGUAGACUUGGCUGCCAAAGUCAAUCAAGAUAAUAGUCGAAAAAGUCCAAAAUCCUAUCUUGAAAUCCUAGCAGAAGUGAGAGAUUAUAAAAGAAGACGCCAGUCCUAUAGAGCUAAGAAUGUUCAUAUAACGAAGAAAUCAUAUACUGAGGUGAUUCGGGAUGUGAUAAAUGUACACAUGGAAGAACUCAGUAAUCAUUGGCAAGAAGAGCAGGAAAAAGCAGAGGAUGCUGCUGCAAAGGGUGAAGAAAGGCGAUCGGCUUCUGUAGAUUCACGACAGUCUGUUGGAAGCUAUUUGGAUCCUGAAUGUUCACGACAUAGAAGGGAUCGGAGUAGGAGCCCACAUAAACGAAAAAGAAAUAAAGAUAAGGAUAAAAACUGUGAGUCGAGAAGAAGGAAAGAGAGGGAUGGAGACAGACAUCAUAGUCAUAAAAGAAGAAAGCAAAAAAUAUAAAUGGAGUAUUUGUGCAUGUACUGAUUAUGCUUAUGCCAUCAUAACCAGCAUGCUAAUAUUUUAAUUGGAAUUGCUUUGCAUAGGAAAAUGUGUUUAUAUGACCUGUUUAGUUGCUCAUUAUUUUUAAUAAAUACUUAUGCUUCAAACUGUGAGUACAUUAUAUGCCCUACAACUUUGUUUUCCAUAUUUUUAAUAGAUGGUUUACUUCCUGUUACUGAUUUUGUUUUGUUCUUUUUGCUAAUUCAUGUAUCACAAAAUUGUUUAAUUAAAAAUAGUCAAUACUUAAAGUAUAUAAAUUAUGCAUGAAUACAUUCUCAU